AAAGAGCCUCCCCUCUGGUAUGAGCAGCAUCUGAAACUCUGCUGGGUCUCUGUUUUUCUUCCACUACGUCUGGAUGUUAUAUCUCCUCUCAGCUGGAGAAAUACGUACGUGUGGAUAAAGCCGCAUUUCGAGAGAAGAGGGCUGGGCAGUGAGCAGUGCAGUGCACCAUGGCAGAGCCAGAGCUAGAGCCAAUGGCCUCUGGAGCAGGGACACGUCUUGGAGCCCCGGAGACUCUUGGCAUCAGUACGUUGGACCCCGGGCACAGACCGCCCCCCAUGCCCCCCGGACGACAUGUCACCAUCAGGGUCCGUAUGCUGGAUGACACAGAGGAGCUCUUUGAUAUCUCGCAGCAGCAGCCUGGUAACAGGUUGUAUGAUGUAACAUGUCUGCAUUUGAACCUGAAAAGUGAACCUUAUGAGGGUGUAUUGGGGGAGUUUCAGAAUCAUCAAAAGAUGAUGGUUUGGAUAGACCAUCAACCCCCCAUUAUCAAGCAGCUCAGACGACCGAAGCACACAAUCCUGAGGUUCGCUGUGAAGUUCUUCCCUCCAGAUCAUGCCCAGCUAAUGGAAGAGCUGACGAGGUACCUGUUUGCCCUCCAGAUCAAACAGGAUGUUUCUUGUGGACGUCUGACCUGCAAUGACAGUAGUGCUGCGCUGAUGGUCUCCAACAUUAUCCAGUCUGAGAUUGGGGACUUUGAGGAGAGCCAGUGCCGGUCACACCUCCUCAAUAAUAACUACAUCCCAGAACAAAUGCCUCUGAUUGAUAAGAUAAUGGAGUUUCACUCAAAGCAUAUAGGUCAAACACCAGCAGAAUCAGACUAUCAGUUACUAGAAGUGGCACGCAAACUAGAGAUGUAUGGGAUUCGCCUCCACCCUGCCAAGGACCGUGAAGGCACGAGGCUGAGCCUUGCUGUGGCACACACAGGUGUCCUGGUCUUUCAGGGACACACAAAGAUAAACGCCUUCAAUUGGUCUAAAGUGCGUAAACUGAGCUUCAAGAGGAAACGUUUCCUCAUCAAGCUGAGGCCAGACUUAAAUAGUUCAUAUCAGGACACGCUGGAGUUUCUGAUGGCCAGCAGGGACUGCUGUAAAGUCUUCUGGAAGAUCUGUGUCGAAUACCACGCCUUCUUUCGCCUAUUUGAGGAACCUAAGGCGAAGCCCAAGCCUGUGCUGUUCACACGAGGAUCCUCCUUCAGAUUCAGUGGUCGUACACAGAAGCAGGUGAUUGAUUAUGUGAAGGAGUCUGAGUUUAAAAAGAUCCCAUUUGAAAGGAAACACAGUCGGGUCCAACACAACAGUCGGGUCCAACACAAUGUCCGUCUGUCGCCUUUGCCUUCACCACGCCACCAUGAAGUGCCAACAGAAAGUGGUGCUCCUGGGGACAGAGUUGACUCUCCUCCUCGGCGUCCUUGGAAGGAGUCAGUGCUGGUGAGUGCAGAAGACCCUUCUGCAUCGCGGACAACGAGGGCAAGCCCGUCUCAGAGAAAUGGCCAUGAGGACAGAACGGGGUCUGUGUCCAGGACCGAGGAGACAAGAGGCUCAACACGGCAGGCCCACACAGAACAUCUAAAUACAGGUCCAGCAUCUCGGGCUGCUAAAAGCAGCAGCUCUUCUAUCCCCCACUUUGACUGCACUGAUGUAGAUAGUGAAUAUAAUAUGGGCAGGGACCAGGCUAGUUGGUCGAAUCCCAGCUAUAGGGAUCAGGCCAUGCUUUGCCGUGGGUCUGGCUCUGGCUCUGGCUCUGGGAGCAUAAAUGAGGCCACGAAGGCCCAGCAGGAGCACUAUCUGGGUAGGAUGUUGUACAGGGACUUCCCUUCCUCCUCAAAACCAUCACUCAGCAUGAGCCAUGAGUCCGCCAAGCUGUCAUUCCAAAGGUCACACCCAAGUCCUCUUCAUAGCACUAUGGUGGAUGUCAGUGGUCAUAGUAGAGAAAGGCAUAGCAGCAGGCCUCAGAUAGUCCCACAGAUGAGUGUUUCCACCAGUCCUGCCACGGACUCCUUCCAUCAAGCUAGACCCCUCAGUCACGCUGAGCAGAAUGGCUACUGCUCUGUUCCCCCUCAUUUUGACGAGGGUAGGUACUCCCCUAUCCCAAGCCACUCUCCUCAAUUACAGAAGCUCCACAAAGUGCGUCACCAUUCUGACACAGACCCAAACCAGGGAACAUCUUCGCCAGGCCAAGGAUCGCGUCCUGUCCUGUCUCGGGCUGAACGUAUGGCUGCUCUUGAGCGCCGUAUGGUAGCAAACGGCCUCUCAGCCCCGGGCAGGACCAGAUCCAAUCAAGGGAAGAAACGCUUAGGGCAGGCUGGUGGCACACAUCUGGGAGCAGUUCAAAUGCAUGAUUGCUCUACCACAAGUGGUUCAGAGUCCAGUGAGUCUGAGGUGGAAACCAACAGGGGCAACUGCAGCAGCCUGCUCAUGUUUGGCAAUCCAGUGGAGGCCAAAUCCAAUUCCCCUAUACCUAGAAACAAGUUUUCCUUUGGCAGCCUCCAGUUGGAUGAGGAGGCAGAUGAGGACAGAUGCCAUGCCUUCAGUGACGAGGAAGAUGGACAGAUAUUCAGCUUGGUGUCCAACAGCCCUCAUCUGUCCGCAUCCUCUGGUCACUCGCACAGCAUGGUCAAUGGUCAGAAGUCACUGGAUCUGUGCAGUCACAGUCCUGACGACCGGCAGCCUUCACCCCUCACCAGCCCUCUCCUCAAUGACGCCUGUAGCGUUCGCACUGAUGAUGAAGACGAGGUUCGCAGGAAGAGGUUUCCAACAGAUCGGGCCUACUUCAUUGCAAAGGAGCUGCUGACCACCGAAAGGACGUAUCUGAAGGACCUGGAGGUGGUGACUGUGUCUUUUCAGAGUGCUGUAGGGCAGGAUGAGGCGACUCCAGACUCUCUGAAGAACACAAUCCUGUCCACCUUCGAGCCUCUGCACAAGUUCCACACAGGCUUUCUCAGGGAGGUGGAGCAGCGGCUAGCUCUGUGGGAAGGACGUUCCAAUGCUCACAUCAAAGGAGACUACCAGCGCAUUGGAGAUGUCAUGCUAAAGAACCUUCAAGGCUUGAAACCGCUGACAGCAAACCUGCAUAAGCAGUCUGAAGUUUUGCUGGAGCUGGAGAAGGCAUGCAGGGCGUCCCGCAAAUUAGAGGGUCUCUGCAGGGAUUUCGAGCUUCAAAAAGUCUGCUACAUCCCCCUCAAUGUCUUCAUUCUGCGGCCUCUGCACCGCCUCAUUCACUACAAACAGAUCUUGGAGCGUCUGUGCAAACACUACCCAGCUACUCAUGUGGACUUCAGAGACUGCAGAGCUGCUCUGGCAGAUGUGUCUGAGGUGGUGGACCAGCUCCAGGGAAGCUUAAUCAAGAUGGAGAACUUCCAGAAGCUUUUGGAGCUGAGGAAGGAUUUGAUUGGCCCUGACAAUCUUGUUGUUCCUGGUCGGGAGUUCAUCAGGUUAGGCUGCCUCAGCAAACUGUCUGGAAAAGGCCUACAGCAACGAAUGUUUUUCCUGUUCAAUGACGUCAUUUUGUACACGAGUCGAGGGAUGACGGCAACCAAUCAGUUCAAAAUGCAUGGGCAGCUGGCGCUCCAUGGCAUGACAAUCAGAGAGAGUGAGGAUGAGUGGGGUGUGCCUCAUGCCUUCACAUUGGUUGGACAGAGGCAGUCGGUGGUGGUAGCAGCGAGUUCUUUGACCGAGAUGGAGAACUGGAUGGAGGACAUAAAGGUGGCGAUAGAGAUGGCAAAAAACAGCAAUGGGCCUUCAUCUGACCUGCUAACCAGCAAUCUGACUGACAACAAAUGCCCUGAGGAGUCCUCGGUGGAGGCGGAGUCUGAGGACGACAUGACAGCAUCACACACCUCCCUGGAGAGGCCCACCCCUCACCGUGGUAACACCAUGGUGCACGUGUGCUGGCACAGGAACACCAGUGUGUCCAUGGUGGACUUUAGCAUAGCUAUGGAGAAUCAGCUGUCAGGAAACUUACUGAGGAAGUUCAAGAACAGCAACGGCUGGCAGAAGCUCUGGGUGGUCUUCACCAACUUCAGCCUGUUUUUCUACAAGUCUCACCAGGACGAUUAUCCACUUGCCAGCCUCCCUCUGCUGGGUUACUCUGUCACCAUCCCAUCAGAGUCUGAAAACAUCCACAAGGACUAUGUCUUUAAACUGCAUUUCAAGUCCCAUGUCUACUACUUCCGAUCGGAGAGUGAAUACACUUUUGAAAGGUGGAUGGAGGUCAUCCGCAGUGCAACGGUCCCCACCAGUCGAGCUCGUGUGCUGAACAGCAAAGAGUCCCAUCCUCACUGAGUUGGCUCACCUUGUUUCCACAUGCCGUCUCCCUUGGGUGGCAUCUGCCCUUCCUGUUACCUGGACUCUUUG